AUGAAUCACCCGGCGUCGUCCUCCUCUUCAUCCUCGCUCUCAUCUCAUCACUCUUCACACCAUGUUCCAUCGGCGUUCCCAACGCCAGGCUCGGUGGCUCCGGCAUCCUUCACCUCUGCUUCAGCACACGCAGCUUCGCCGUCACAUGCAUCCAGCUCAGCGGCUGACACACUAACCGCACCUCAUCAGCAGUCGACGCUCAGACCGCCAUCUGCCGGCCCAGCACCAGCAGCUUCGUCAUCGACCUCAGCGACCACAGCACCCCCAUCGACCGACCCCUCAAUACAAGCCGGCUCUGCAAAGGUGCUGCCUCACUCGUUCGACGAUGCGCUUCUAGAUGACGUCCUCGUCCUGGUCGUCGACAUGCUUGUCAAGCUCACCGAGCACAACGACUCGCUUCCCCUUCAUCCAUCGGCACUCACUCGAUUCCACUCCCGCGCCACACCCAACAUCUCGCUCUCGGCCUACCUGCGUCGAAUCGCAAAGUACACUUCCAUCGAGAAAUGCUGCGUCCUCAUCCUCCUCGUCUAUAUCGACCGCGUAUGCGAGCGUCUCGAAGGAUUCACCAUUUGCGGUUUGACCGUCCAUCGCUUCAUCUGUGCCGCCAUCCUGUGCGCCUCCAAGGCGCUCUGCGACGCCUUCAAUACCAACGAGCACUACGCCAAAGUCGGAGGCAUCAGCUUGCAGGAGAUCAAUCUGCUCGAGAAAGAGUUUCUGCAGAUCAUCGAUUGGAGGCUCAUCUGCAGCGGCGCCGAGCUGCAGCACUACUAUGCGAGUCUCGUGCGCAAUCACAAGGACUACGUGCUGGCUGAGCCAAAGCUUGGGCAGCAGCAGGCGCAGACCCCGGCAGAGAUGGAGCUGGAUGCGACCGAGGCAGGCGCCAGUGCUAACGGGCAUGGUAGCAGCAGCGCUGCGAGCGGCAGUAGUGCCAGUCGAGCAAGUAGCAGGUCGAGGGAACUUCCCGGUGAUCCAAAGACCGCGGGGGCUGCAUACACCGUCAACGAAGCCGCGCGGUUGCACCACAGUCGCCUCCAAAGUAGCGCUGUUGCAGGGAGUCAAACACCUGCAGUGGGCAGCAGCCAGCACAGUUCGCCUUUCCCAAUCAGCAGCAACGAUACGAGUCCCCAAACGCCUUCAUCUGCGGUCAACGGUAGCGGAGGCUUGGUGGCAGCGGCAUCGAGUGGUUCGCUAUCAGGAAGUGGUGGUGGUGGGAGGGGUGGAUCGACUUUCACCAGCCCCCUAUCGGCGAUGCAGGUCGAUCGGCAGUCCACAAAUGCAGCAGCGUCCACCUCCGCAUUAGCCGUAGCAAACAGCAGGAUCAGGAAGGACGAACAUCGCACGCCUCCUUCGCCCCGCAACCAUUCGGGCUCCGACAUGAUCGACAGCAGCAAUCAAAUCUCGAUCGACACAGCACAAAGCGACGGGCAACCUCAGAAUCAGGCUUCAUCUGCCGCACAGGACCUUCGUCAAGCCGGAAAUUCAGCAGACACGUCCAAACGUUCGCGUCUAGCCAACCCCGCGCCUCCGUAG